AUGGCGGGACCAUGGCUUACACAGUCUCCUAGAGGGCUCCUGGCCGAACACAACGCCUCACAGACCGCUCAGCAGCAACUACGACAGGGCGUCACUCCAUACGGAGUCCUCACGAUCCGAGUCUUCAUCUUCUACGAAGCUGACCUCUUACUCAAGAGGGAGGCGGAUACAUGGACGGUGCCUACCUUGCAAUACACAGCCAGUGACAACGACAACACUGCACAUGGCAUAGGAAAAGCCAUCUUCUGCCGCAUCAUCGCCGACCUAGACAAGACCAACACCCCCGAAAGCCUCCUCCACGAACUGCAAUUCACAGAUCUCCGCCUCGCCAGCCCAUCGAUCGCCUUCCGCCCCUCCAACCAACCCAACAUCCCCAGCAAAAUCAUCAUCGACACAGUCCUCACGACAUCCUACCAAGCCCACAGACAGAACGUCGCACCCCGCGACGACCUCACAGUCCCCGAAGCUACGACCUUCCGCUGGGUCGACCCCGACAACAUGCACACCAUCAACCUCUCCACCAACCUCACAACCAAAUCCAUCAACCAAGCCAAAUACCGCCACGCCAGCUGCACCGGCGCCCCCUUCCUCGACAACCUGCGCCGCUACCCCGGCCUCCUCCCCCAAAUCAUCAACAUCACGCUCGCCAGCAUCCUCCAAACCCGCGCGAUCCUCAAAGGCCACGACUCGAUAGGUUUCGGCCUCAUCCUCGUCGACGGGGUGCGCGGGAGGGCGAAUGUCGCGUUCACGGGAGCGUCGAGGGACGUGUAUGCGCAGACGCCGAUGCUUAUGACGCGGAAGUAUGGGAAUGGGGAGGCGGUGGUUGUGGGGAAGUGGUGUCCCGAGAGGGUGGAGGGGGUGGAGGCGUUCGGGGGGUGGGUGGAGGUUUUUGAUUGGUUUGGGAGGGUGAGGGAGAAUAUGGGGAGGGAUAGGGUGUGA